AUGGACUAUGUUGCACCGAAGAUUGUCGAUGGAAAAGUUGAAGUGGAGAUAGAGGAUGCAGAUGUUGAAUCGGAGUUGCAGUUUUGGGAUUCGGCGCUCAUCUUGUAUGUGCUUGGUGGCGAUAUUAGUAUGAAUAUGUUGAAACAAUACAUGACGCAAAUGUGGAAAUUCGUACAACUCCCUGAUAUGGUGUAUCAUGAUGAGGGUUACUUUAUCUUGAAAUGCCGAUCACAUAGUGAUAAGGAGGCAGUGAUGAUGAAAGAGCCUUACACAUUGCAAAACAUACCUUUGUUGCUCAGGGAAUGGAAGCCAUGGUUCCGUCUAAAGAAUGAUAUACUGCGGACACUGCCGAUUUGGGUGAAGCUCCCACAACUGCCACUGUACCUGUGGGGAGUUAGGAUUCUAAACAAAAUUGGGAGUGCUUUGGGGAAUCCGUUGGUAAUUGAUGAGUGUACUGAUAGUAAACUGCAUGUAUCGUAUUCCCACAUCCUUGUAGAGGUGGAUGUCAUGCAAGAGUUGAAGAAAACGAUAAACAUUAGGGAUGUAGAAGGGAGGAAGCUUCAGCAACCUAUUGAAUAUGAAUGGAAGCCAUUGUUCUGUGAAAAGUUCGAGAAAUUUGGAUAUACGUGCAAGGAGAAUACAAUCAAACAAUGGAAACUGAAAGCCCCGGGUCUUGUAGAGAAAGAUAAAACACCUUAG